CGCCAUUUGCAACCAAUGAGAUGCGAACACUAGCUUUGCGUAGAUGGCUAGCCUUCGAAUGUUAACGAGGUGAAAUAACUGCUGAGGCAGCAGCGACCACCACUGCAAAGUUAGCGUGAAGCUAACCGAUUUGGACGCGCGACAAAAUACGCUGCUGUUUAAGCCGGAAGUGCGUUGUCCACCCUCCGUCCUUUAAACAUGCUACGGUGAGGACAGAUCAAGUAAGCACGGAAGGAAGUGGCAUCUUCUUACAUGAGGAGCAGUUAUACCAUGUGGGAGUCACAUGAAUGGAAAUGAUGAGGCCUGAACAGCAAGGGGCCAGUUAUUGGAGAAAGCCACUGCUCAGGGUGGUGAUUUCCUGGUUGCCGUAGAGGUCCUGCAUAAGCGGCCCACCCUUUUACCCCUUACCCUGAUUAUAUGCAAUGAAUAGUACCACUCCGUCCCCCACCAAUAAUGGGGAUGUGGCGGUCGGCUAUGUGUUGGUGCCAUUCUUCCUCAUCACCAUCAUCGGAAUCGUUGUAGCCGUGAUCUUGUACAUUCGCAAAAAAAGAAGACUUGACAGACUCCGCCAUCAGCUGCUACCAAUUUACUCAUAUGACCCAUCUGAGGAGGUGAAUGAAGCUGAACAAGAGAUGCUUUGGCGAGAAGAGGAUACCAGAGUUGUUCAAGGUUGGGCAAAAAGUUAUCAACAACGACGCCCUCUUCUGACCAAAAAUGCUUGAAGAAACCAAACCAGGCAAUGCCAGAGAAUAUCUACGUUUAACACAAUCUUUUUUUGUGUUACCCACAAACCUUAUCCUGAAGUACAACAAGUGAGGCGUUGUUUGUAUGUUUGAUGAGUCAUUCAAGCUUCAGCAUAUUUAUUGUAUCAUGUAUCACAAGCUUUCACUGAAGUUCAGUGUCCAAUGUUAAAACCGGUUUAUCUGUUCAUAUCUGUCCUGCAAGGAUAUGGUCAACGAUGCCAAAAUUAAGAAUGAAAAAAAAUAUACAUACAUAUAGAUAUGUAUAUAAAUGAAAAUAAAAAUAACUAAAAAUACAAAAAAGAUUCAAAAAUUGAAAUAAAAAUAAGUGAAAAAUGAAUAUAAAUGCAAAAAUUAAAAUAUUAAAAAUAAAAAAAAUGAACAUUGAUAUAAAUACAAAAAUCAAUAUAUGAAUCAAAUAUCAAUCAAUAAAUAAAAGCACUUGGCUAUUGUAUUUUUUUAAUUGUACGCGUGAACAUGCUAAAGGGAAUGUUAUUCAAAUUAGGGGGUGGUCCUAAAUGUGUUGAACUAUUCAUCUAUUGGUUGAUUGACUAGCUAAUGCCUGCCUGUACACGACCAAUGAACGGGUCAUGAGCAGUAAAAAAAUGUUAGAGUUGGCGGUUAGCAUUUGCAGUAAUGUUAGCUAAUACAAUAAGCAAAUAUUGUCUGUGAUAGCGUUGUGCUAGCACUUAGCAACUACGUAGCAUUUGUCACUACCCGAUCGUGACAGCCUACCAGAUCGCUACUGCGCAUGCGCGGAUCGACACCAUUUUCUCUCGAGCGAUGACGGCAGAUAUAGAUAUGUACGUGGUCGAUUAAACAAUAAACAUUUUUGUUCUUUUUUUUUUGGGACGUUAAUGGUCUCUGAAGGGUUUACUUGGAACAGACUCCGGCGUCAUAAAUUCGAAAUCAGUCGGGUAUGUCGUAACCCGAGGACAACCUAUAUACUGUAGUUUUUUUUUUUUUUUUUUUUUUUGAGUUUAUGUUCUACACAUGUACAUUAAAACAGUUUCAACAUUUAAAAGGCAUUGUGUUUACUUGUAUAUACGGCAUAAUCAUUGGACAGUUUGAAACAAAAAAAUAUCACCCAACCAAAAAAGAAAGAAAAAUGUAUUUUUUUAUCGUUUAAUCUAACAUGUACAUAUCUAUAUCUGCCGUCAUCACUCGAGAGAAAAUGGCGUCAGUUUGCGCAUGGGCAGUAGCAAUCCGUCGUGAUCCAUUAGCCCGUCAAGAUCAGGUAGUGGCAGCAUGAGUAUCUACAUAACCAACCAAUAGGCGAACAGAAGAAACACAUAGGCUCGCCCCUUCAUUUCAAUAACAUUUCCUUCCUUUUACUUUUAAAUUCAUGUAUCUAUUUUUAAUUUUGGCAGCUUUGGUCCUCCAUACAAGCAAAGUUGUUACUGAACAAUCUGGACCUGCAAUUCUGUUAUUUGUAAUCUUACAAAAACAGCCUCACGUAAAAAACCGAAGGGUUCAAAUAAUCUUCCAUCUGAAUAAGUGAUUUAAAAAUAUAUGUGUCUUUCACUUUGUAAUUGACAGAAGGAAUGACCGCGCUCUGUUUUGCUUUUAUUCACAUAUAAAGCAUUAACAGCUCUGUCCUGUGAUUGGGAUCUUUGUGUGAUUUUGCCAAAUCCCGUGAGUCGCACAGAAGGCAUGAAAACCUCAAAAUGAACAUCAACAAGAUUCCGGGGUUUUCUGAAUGACUCCUGUUACAAAUAUGUCGUCUGUACAAGACAUGGCACCAGCACAGAUUCACCUCUUGCCAGAGAUGAAUGCCAUCAUUCUGACUAUUCAAUGUUUGACGCACUUUCCCCACUGAACUCUUUUGAAGCCACCUGGUAUCUUAAGUGCAGAAUCAUCACAUAGAAUUAACCAGUUUUUGUGCAUUGUGAUUGGAGCAGAAAAUGUCUGUUAGCCAGGUUUUUUUGGUUGAAUGUUAAUGUUCCGUUUGCAGUCGUUGAGGCUCAAGUUUUCCUCAAAAUAUUUUAGUUGUACAGUUAUACCAAAGGUGUACUUGUUUCUGAGCCACUGAAUUUUACCUGAACUACUGUUAUUAAUUGGUUUGCACUGUUAUGAAAACUCACCUUUAAGAUAUUCUUCCUGCUCUUAGUCAUUGAUUUUGUUUGCUGAAUAAAAUAUUUCAGUAAAAAAAACCUUUGUGAUAUGGUACCUGUUUAGUUCUAUAAAUCAGAUACUAUGUAGUUUUAUAAUACCAUACAUUUGUUCCGUUACAUUUACUUGAGUAAUUUUUUGCGACAGUUUGAUAUGAUGGAUUCCAGCCCUUCCCAGUUGAAAUCGAGUGAAAGUGGGCCUGGAACACUGUUCCGGUAAAAGAUUCGGGGCCAGAACAGGGCGGAUCAGUGCUGAAAAUAUGACGCCAACUGGCAAAACCCUAUGUUAAAAAAAAAAAAAAAACUGCCAGGCUAACACACACACAUCUCAUCUUCUAGAAGAAAGCAAUCUACCAACGUCAUAUUUGCAUAAAGUACAUAAAUGUUAAGUUUCCAGCGAUAUUAUUUAUUUAGCUCUCCAAGCCGCAGCAGUUUAUCUGGUUGUCACGACUCAGCGACGAGUUGAGUGGAUGUGCGCAGCAAACCCAAGGGAGUAGGUUUGGUCUGAACUAUGGUAGGGACGAUAAAACAGGAUAGCCUGCAUGUACACUUUUUGCUCGGGAUGGGACAUUAAAAAAACCAAACAAAUUGGGUGAACGGGUGUCAUGGCUACAUUUCUUACGAAUAUGAACCUAAUAAAUUGAUUGGCUGAAUCAGGGGUGCUCAUUAGGUCAAUGGCAAUGCUAGUGUGGGUUGCUCGCGGAAUCCAGAAUAUACUGUUCCUUCUCAAAAAAUUAGCAUAUUGUGAUAAAGGUCAUUAUUUUCUGUAAUGUACUGAUAAACAUUAGACUGUCAUAUAUUUUAGAUUCAUUACACACA